AAUUAGACAAAAAGUUUGUUUAGGAUGUGGACCAAGAGGAUGUUUUCGUGCUUGGUUGGACUGGUGGCGUUGACGGGUUUUCUCGUGGUAAAAGUAACAGGACAAGACCCUCCGACGCUCGGGGGGAAAACGCUUCUCAAGGUGGAUGGAGAUCAGACGGCUGCCUCAAAUCGAGUGAGGAGAAGAGGAAAACAGGAGUCCCUACGAGGGCCCAAUGUGUGUGGAUCACGUUUCCACUCCUACUGUUGUCCAGGCUGGAAAACCUUGCCCGGGGGCAACCAGUGUAUCGUGCCCAUUUGCAGGAACAGCUGUGGGGAUGGAUUUUGCUCACGGCCCAACAUGUGCACAUGUCCCAGUGGCCAAAUUGCACCAACCUGUGGCACAAAGUCCACCCAGCAGUGUAACAUCAGGUGUAUGAACGGUGGCCUCUGUGCCGAGGACCACUGUCAGUGUCAGAAGGGUUUCUCAGGCUCCUACUGUGGACAACCCGUCUGCGAUAGUAAAUGCCAAAACGGCGGGCGCUGCAUUGGACCCAACCGGUGCGCCUGUGUCUACGGGUUCACUGGGCCCCAGUGUGAGAGAGACUACAGGACAGGCCCGUGCUUCACCAAGGUCAGCAACCAGAUGUGCCAGGGCCAGGUGAGUGGCAUCGUGUGCACCAAGACCCUGUGCUGUGCCACGGUGGGGCGUGCCUGGGGACACCCCUGCGAGAUGUGUCCGGCCCAGCCCCAGCCAUGCCGCCGAGGCUUCAUCCCCAACAUACGCACCGGAGCCUGCCAGGAUGUUGACGAGUGCCAGGCCAUCCCGGGACUCUGCCAGGGAGGAAAUUGCAUCAACACCGUGGGUUCGUACGAGUGCAAGUGUCCAGCUGGCCACAGGCAGAAAGAGGGCUCCCAGAAGUGCGAGGAUGUGGAUGAGUGUGUCACCAUUUCCCGCAUGUGUGACGGAGGACAGUGUUUCAACUCGGUGGGCAGUUACUCUUGUGUUUGUCCCUCUGGCUACAUCCCGUCUCCUGACAAAACUCGAUGCAUUGACCAGCAGGCAGGCUCGUGUUUCGGGGGUCUGCUGAACGGGCGCUGUGCCCAGGAGCUGCCCGGCCUCUUCAGUAAGGCCACAUGCUGCUGUGACAGUGGACGCUGCUGGGCACGAGGGGCCCUGCCUGAAAUAUGCCCCGCCCGACGAUCAGAGGAGUACCGCCGGCUGUGUGUCCAAGGAGUCCUACCCUACCCAGAUGGAGACUUUAGAGGGAGACCCAACCCCACGAAUCCUCUAAAUCCUUUGAUCCCUCAAAGACCCAAUGGUGGCAACGACCCGUCCAGCCCCAAUGGUGGCUAUGAUCCAUCUAGACCCAAUGGGGGGUAUGACCCAUCCAGGCCCAAUGGUAGGCAUGAUCCAUCUAAACCCAGCAGUGGCUACGAUCCAACACUGAAUGGCCAAGGGGUUCCCAAUGGAAAUGGACAAAGGCCAGACUUAGGCACAGCGACUCUGAACCAGACGAUAAAUGUCUGUAAGCAGCUGCCCAACCUGUGUCUGCACAGUCGCUGCAUCCUCGUGGGCUCUAGCUACCGCUGCGAGUGCAAUAACGGCUACACCCUGGACACUCGCCAAGAAUGUGCAGAUGUAGAUGAGUGUUCCUCCGACCCGUGCCCCAAUGGGGACUGUGUGAACACGGCCGGUUCCUUCUACUGCAAGUGCCACACAGGGUUCCAAAGAAAUCCAGAGAAGCAGGUCUGCAUCGACAUUGACGAGUGCCUGAACAACGGGGUUCUGUGUAAGAACGGCCGCUGUCUCAACAUGGACGGAAGCUUCCAGUGUAUCUGUAACGCAGGCUUCCAGCUAACCCCAGACGGCAGGAACUGUGUCGACCAUGACGAGUGCGCCGGCACCAACAUAUGUCUGAACGGCAUGUGUAUCAACGAGGACGGUAGCUUCAAGUGCCUGUGCAAACCCGGCUUCACCCUGGCUUCCAGUGGGCGCUACUGCACAGAUAUUGAUGAGUGUCAGACUCCAGGCAUGUGUAUGAACGGCCGCUGUGUCAACACUGAGGGCUCCUUCAAGUGUGAGUGCCUGGCAGGGCUGGCUGUGGGGGCGGAUGGACGCUUCUGUGUAGACACACACAUGCGCAGCACCUGCUACGGCGCCAUAAAGAAAGGUGUGUGCGUGCGUCCCUUCCAGGGAGCCGUCACCAAGUCGGAGUGCUGCUGUGCCAACACCGACUACGGCUUCGGAGAGCCCUGUGUGUCUUGCCCAGCCAAGAACUCAGCUGAGUUCCAGGCUCUGUGUGGAAGUGGAAUCGGCUUCUCUGUGGAUGGAACAGACAUCAAUGAGUGUGCACUGAACCCAGAGAUCUGUCCCAAUGGAGUGUGUGAGAACCUAAGAGGCAGUUUCCGCUGCUUCUGUAACACUGGCUACGAGUCUGACAACACGGGCAAGACCUGUGUGGACAUUGACGAGUGCAUGGUGAACCGGCUCCUCUGCGACAACGGACUGUGUCGGAACAUUCCAGGCAGCUACAGCUGCACCUGCCCCAAGGGCUACCUCUUCAGGCCGGACUCUGAGACAUGCGAAGAUGUGAAUGAGUGUGAAAACCGCCCCUGUUCUAACGGACAGUGUAGGAACACAGCCGGCUCCUUUGCCUGCGAGUGCUCCCCUGGGAGCAAGCUGGACACCACAGGACUCAUCUGCAUUGACAGCCUGAAGGGGACCUGUUGGCUGAAUAUCCAAGAUGGCCGCUGCGAGGUCAACAUCAACGGCGGCACCCUCAAGUCAGAGUGCUGUGCCACCCUGGGCGCUGCCUGGGGCAGUCCCUGUGAGCAGUGUGAGAAAGAUUCCAUCUGUUCAAGGGGCUACACCAGGCCGCGAGGAGUCAAAUGUGAAGACGUGAACGAGUGCGUGGUCUUCCCAGGUGUGUGUCCCAAUGGGUACUGUGUAAACACCAAGGGCUCCUUCAAGUGCCAGUGUCCUGAUGGUCUCACACUGGACUCCAGUGGCCGAGUGUGUGUGGACGUGCGGUCUGAGCACUGUUACCUGACGUGGGAAGAGGACUCGUGUGCCAAGCCCGUGCCCGGCCGUUUCCGCAUGGACGCCUGUUGCUGCACGAUGGGCGCCGCCUGGGGGAAGGAGUGCGAGGCGUGCCCCCUGCCUGGCACUUCCGAGUAUGACGCCCUCUGCCCCCGAGGCCCAGGCUUCGCCAACCGAGGAGACGUCCUCACCGGAAGGCCCUUCUAUAAAGACAUCAAUGAGUGUAAGGUGUUCCCCAGCAUGUGUGUCCAUGGAAAGUGUCGCAACACCAUAGGCAGUUUCAGGUGCCACUGCGCCGGAGGAUUUUCCCUCGAUAUGGAAGAACGCAACUGCACAGACAUAGAUGAGUGUCGUAUCUCUCCGGACCUGUGUGGCCAAGGGGUUUGUGUCAACACUCCGGGUAGUUUUGAGUGUGAGUGUUCCGAGGGCUAUGAGAGUGGCUUCAUGAUGAUGAAGAACUGCAUGGACAUAGACGAGUGUGAGCGGGAACCGUCCCUGUGUCGUGGGGGGUCUUGUGAGAACACAGAGGGCAGCUACGAGUGUGUUUGCCCCCAGGGACACCAGCUCACUGUGGACGGGGCAGCGUGCGAGGAUUACAACGAGUGCGAGCAGAGCGUCAGCUUGUGUCGGAACGGCCAGUGUGUGAAUGUGGCCGGUACCUACCACUGCUCAUGUGACUCUGGUUACCAAGCAACUCCUGACAGACAGAGCUGCAUAGAUAUUGAUGAGUGUACCAUUGAGAAUGGCGGCUGUGACCUGCACUGCACCAACUCAGAGGGGAGUUAUACGUGUAGCUGCAACAAUGGCUAUGCACUGAUGACAGACGAGAGAAGCUGUUCUGAUGUGGAUGAGUGUGAGCAGGAGCCUGACAUAUGUGACGGAGGACAGUGCACUAACAUCCCAGGGGAUUACCACUGUCUGUGCUACGACGGCUUUAUGGCUGCCCUGAACAUGAGGCUCUGCAUAGAUGUGAAUGAGUGUGACCUGAACGCCAACAUCUGUAUGCACGGCGAGUGCGAGAACACCAAGGGAUCGUUCAUCUGCCACUGUCAGCCUGGCUACUCAGUCAAGAAGGGAACUUCUGGAUGUACAGACAUGGAUGAGUGUGAGAUCGGGGCUCACAACUGUGCCGUCAACGCCAACUGUAUCAACACCCCCGGGGACUUCCACUGUUCCUGUCGUGUCGGCUGGGUGGGAAACGGAGUCAACUGUAUAGAUAUGGAUGAGUGCACCAAUGGGACAAGCCACUGCAGUGCCAACGCCAAGUGUCUGAAUACACCCGGCUCCUACCGCUGCGCCUGCGCUGAGGGCUUCACUGGAGACGGCUUCACCUGUUCAGACGAGGAUGAGUGUGCAGAGAACGUGAAUCUGUGUGAGAACGGCCAAUGUCUCAACACCCUGGGGGGUUACCGCUGUGAGUGUGAGAUGGGCUUCACCCCUGCCCCGGACAGACGCACCUGCCAAGACAUUGACGAGUGUACCUUCCAGAAUAUCUGUGUGUUUGGCACGUGUAAGAACAUCCCCGGCAUGUUCCGCUGUAUCUGUAACGACGGCUAUGAGCUGGACCGCUCCGGAGGCAACUGUACAGACGUGGACGAGUGCCAGGACCCCAUCAACUGUGUGAACGGGCUGUGUGUGAACAUCGACGGCUCCUACGAGUGUAACUGUCCUCCGGACUUUGAACUCAACCCUACAGGGGUGGGAUGUGUAGACACACGUGUGGGGAACUGUUUCCUGGAGCAUGGACCCAGGGGUGACAGGCGGUCCUGCAGUGUGGAGGUGGGAGUGGGAGUCAGCCGCUCCUCCUGCUGCUGCUCCCUGGGGCGUGCCUGGGGAAACCCCUGUGAACUCUGCUCCGCUCCCAACACCACGGACUAUAACACACUCUGCCCAGGAGGAGAGGGUUUCAGGCCCAACCCAGUCACCAUCAUACUAGAAGACAUAGAUGAGUGUUUGGAGCUGCCAGGCCUGUGUCAGGGAGGAAACUGUGUCAACACGUUUGGCAGCUUCUCGUGUGACUGUCCUCCUGGCUACUACCUCAACAUAGACAGUCGCAUCUGUGAAGACAUUGACGAGUGUGUGGUGAAUCCUGUAAUCUGCGGUCCUGGCACCUGCUACAACACACUGGGGAACUACACCUGUGUGUGUCCACAGGAUUACAUGCAGAUCAACGGGGGAAACAACUGCAUGGACAUGAGAAAGAGCCUGUGCUACAGGAACUUCAACGGCACAACGUGUGAGAACGAGCUGCCCUUCAACCUCACCCACAAGAUCUGCUGCUGUGCCUAUAACGUGGGCAAGGCCUGGAACAAGCCCUGCGAAGCCUGCCCAACCCCCGGGACUGGUGACUAUAAGACACUUUGUGGAAACAUCAUCCCUGGCUUCAAACUGGAUAUUGAAACUGGGAAAGCAGUGGAUAUUAAUGAGUGCAGAGAAAUUCCAGGUAUCUGUGCUAGCGGGGUCUGUAUCAACCAGAUAGGGAGCUUCCGCUGCGAGUGUCCCACCGGCUUCAGCUACAACGACCUGCUGAUCAUCUGUGAAGACAUCGAUGAAUGUAGCAGUGUGGAGAACCUGUGCCAGAGGAACGCUGACUGUAUCAACAGCCCUGGGAGCUACCGCUGUGAAUGCUCAGAGGGCUUCAAUCUCUCCCCCAUAGGAGCCUGCAACGACCGCAACGAGUGUCUGGAGAUCACCAACGUGUGUAGCCAUGGCGAGUGUGUGGACAUCCAGGGUGGCUACGAGUGCAGGUGCCACCACGGCUUCAAGGCUACGCCCAACCGCAAGAUGUGCACGGAUGUUGAUGAGUGCGAGCGGUUGCCUUGUCGCAACGGAACCUGCAAGAACACAGUGGGCUCCUUCAACUGUCUGUGUCACACUGGGUUUGAGUUCUCACACCACAACGACUGCAUGGAUAUUGACGAGUGUCAGACAUCCUUUGGCACGCUGUGCAGGAAAGGCCAGUGUAUCAACAGUGUGGGCUCCUUCCAAUGUCUGUGUGAGGAGGGCUACAAGCUAACCCCUGAUGCCAAGAAUUGUAUGGAUGUGAACGAGUGUAUGAUCUUCCCCGGGACAUGCACUCCUGGAACCUGCCAGAACCUGGACGGCACCUUCCGUUGUCUCUGUCCCCCGGGCUACAUAGUCCAGAACGAGCAGUGUAUAGACGUCAACGAGUGUGAAGAAGACCCUAACAUCUGCCUGUUUGGCUCCUGCUUCAACAACCCGGGCAGUUUCCAGUGUGUGUGCAGGCCUGGCUUCAUACUGUCUGAGAACAGUCGCAGGUGUUACGACACCAGAGAGAGUUACUGCUUCACCCGCUUUGAGAACGGCAAGUGUUCGGUGCCUCAGGCCUUCAACACCAGCAAGGCAAAGUGUUGCUGCAGCACCAUGCCCAAGGAGGGCUGGGGAGACCCCUGUGAACUUUGUCCCAAGAAGCAGGACGUGGCGUUCCAGGACCUGUGUCCCUUCGGCCAUGGCAUAAUCCCUGGGACUGGAGACACACGCAUAGACUUGAAUGAGUGUGUGGAGAACCCAGGCAUCUGUAACAACGGACACUGUAUCAACACAGACGGCUCCUUCCGCUGCGAGUGUCCAAUAGGCUACACUCUCAACUACACUGGGGUACACUGCAUCGAUGUUGACGAGUGUUUGGUGGGGAACCUAUGUGGCAACGGGACGUGCUCUAACGUGAUUGGAGGGUUCGAGUGUAACUGUGAGGAGGGCUUUGAGCCAGGCCCCAUGAUGACCUGUGAAGACGUCAACGAGUGUGUGAUCAGCCCCCUACUGUGUGCAUUCCGCUGCAUCAACACCUUCGGAGGAUACGAGUGCAUGUGUCCCGGUGGCUACACACUGAGAGAGAACCAGAGGAUGUGCCAGGAUCUGGAUGAGUGUUCCGAGGGGCUCCACGACUGUGAGUCCAGAGGCAUGACCUGCAAGAACCUCAUCGGCACCUUCAUGUGUGUGUGCCCGUCGGGGAUGGUGCGGCACCUGGACAACGAAGUGUGCGAGGAUGAGAAUGAGUGUCGUAGCAAGCCGGGCAUCUGUGAGAAUGGUCGUUGUAUCAACACGAUAGGCAGCUACAUAUGUGAGUGUGGAGGCGGAUAUGAGUCUGACUCUACACGGACACAGUGUCUCGACUACAGGGAGGGCUUCUGCUUUACCGAGGUGCUGAUGACUAUGUGCCAGAUGUCUUCCAGCAGCCGGACACCCACCACCAAGUCCCAGUGCUGCUGUGACGGAGGCCGCGGCUGGGGUAACCAGUGUGAGCUCUGUCCCCUGGCUGGCACGGCAGGCUACAGGAAGCUCUGUCCCCACGGCCCGGGAUACGCCACCGACGGCAUGGAUAUAGACGAGUGUAAGGUAAUCCCUGACACGUGUAAGAAUGGACGCUGCAUCAACACCAUGGGAUCCUACCGCUGCCACUGCAAACUGGGCUACACCUCCACCAUCACUGGAAUGGCCUGCGUGGAUCUGGAUGAGUGUGUCAUGUCCCCCAAGCCGUGUAAUUUCAUCUGUAAGAACACCGAGGGAAGUUACACUUGCUCCUGUCCCCGUGGUUACGUGCUCCAAGAGGACGGCAGGACCUGCAAAGAUUUGGACGAGUGCCAGACCAAGAGGCACAACUGUCAGUUCAUGUGUGUCAACACCGUGGGCGGAUUCACCUGCAAGUGUCCCCCUGGCUUCACCCAGCACCACACUGCAUGCAUAGAUAAUAAUGAGUGUGUCGGGGAACCCUCGCUGUGUGGCACCAAGGGCAUCUGUCAGAACUCCCCUGGUAGCUUCAACUGUGCAUGCCAACGGGGUUACGAACUGGACGACACCGGACUGCACUGUGAUGACGUGAACGAGUGUGACAGUAACGACAGGUGCCAACAUGGCUGCCAGAACAUGCUGGGCGGCUACCGUUGUAACUGCCCUCAGGGCUACACACAGCACUACCAGUGGAACCAGUGUGUGGAUGAGAACGAGUGCUCCAACCCGGGCAGCUGUGGAUCGGCCUCCUGUUACAACACGCUAGGCAGCUUCAAGUGUGCCUGCCCCUCAGGCUACAGCUUCGACUCAUUCAGCAGCAGCUGUCAGGAUGUCAACGAGUGCUCCAACAAGAACCCCUGUAGCUACGGCUGCUCCAACACAGAGGGAGGCUACCUGUGUGGUUGCCCGCUGGGCUAUUUUCGCAUGGGCCAAGGUCACUGUGUGUCAGGCUUGGGCUUUGGGAAGGGCCAGUAUGAGGGGCCAGAGAUAGAAGACAACACUCUCUCCCCAGAGACCUGCUACGAGUGUAAGAUCAACGACUACCCCAAGAAGCACGGCCGCAAGAGGCGCGACGCCAAUGGAACGCAACCCAUAGAGCACAACCAGGUGAGCCUAGCCAGUCUGGACAUGGAAGUUCCUGUCACCCUGCUGCUCAACGUGUCCCAGCUCAACCCCAAGGAGCACAUCCUGGAGCUGGUGCCUGCCAUCAAGCCCUUGGUGGGCCACGUGCACUACGUCAUCACCAGCGGCAACCGCAAAGGCCUGUUCCGCAUCCAGCAGCGUGACGGCCUCUGCUACCUACACAGCACCAAGAGGAAGGGGGCACUGGCGGCACCGCAGGAUCACACGCUGGAGAUCGCCAGCUUGCCGCUCUACGGCAAAGCCCAGUUCAAAGAGCUGGAGGACCGCCGGGACCAAGACUACCUUACGGGGGAACUGGGGGAGAACCUGCGCAUGAGGCUGCACAUCCGACUGCAAUAGCUGGAGUGGGAUUUGGGGAAACGCAGGGAAACAACCCUUGUUUUUCUCUUCAAACUGGUGUUUUUCAGUUCACCAUUUUAAAGCCAAAUGAUAUGUGGAAGGAAUGGGGGUUUUCUUCUUCUGGUUUGCAUUUUUUUCUUGUUUGCGUUUUUGACCUCAAAGUACUGUCCAGAAUCUCUCUAGGGCAGCCCAAUUUAAAAAAUAAUAAUAAUAAACUUUCACUAAUUCGUUUUUCAGUGGAAAAUAUAUCAGAAUUGGGCUGCCUGUGUAAACACGGCCUAGGAAAAGAGAGUGACUAGAAGCGUGAACAUGAGACUUGACAUCUUUCACAGGUUCUCCCUCGCUGUGAGUGACCUCAUGCCAUGUACACGAGUGGAAGACCAAGAGCAAGACAUGAUGUUCAAAUUACCUGGACAGUUUAGUUGGUCAGUUCAUGGUAAGGAAAUAGCAUGUGAUGUUCUGGCGAUAGGCAGGCUCUGAAAGUACACACGACUAGUACAUCUGCAGCAUGGUGGGUUGCUACAAUACAGUUGGACAAUUUUACAGAGGUCAGCUUGGUUAUUUUAGUGACUAGACACUCUCUUGGUGAAUUCCUAGUUGACUGUUGUAGAGCUGCCACAGUCCCACAUUCAUUUUGUAGUGGUCCGACAGACUAUUGUAGCUCUGCGGUUGUGAACUUAUGAAUUGAGCAUUACAGGGCAUAGCAUCCUCCUGUGAGAGUUUGUAUUCCAGGCCUAUUGGUCGUGGUAGAACAUUGUCAAUAUGGGAUUUGGUGCCUUCGAAAAGGGAAACUGAUAUUUUAGGACACAACAUGGAAUCACAUCAUUAUAAAGAACAAUAGUAAUUCAAAAUACAAAUUGUAUUCUUACAUAUGUACAUAUUAACAAUCAGUAUUUCAAUUAUUGUGAACUGAUUUUUUUUUUUGUAUUUAUUUUAGUAUUUAAUACAAAGUUGUACUAUUGGUCAAAUUCACAUCUAAUAAAAUGACACACACACAAAAAAAAGUGUCAUUUACGUUUUUACACAAGAAACACACAUCAGUUGUUAGAAACACACGUGUUUUGUAUAAUAUACAGGAGUAUGUAUGUUCAUAUUGCACAAUUACCUCAACGUUUAGUCUCUACAGAUAAGGCUAUGUGACCAAUGAAAGCAUGUAUCAAUCCAAUUUCUUAAAUCGGCUGUUAAAGGAUAUGGGUUUAAUAGAAUUGAGUUUAUGUUGAAUGAAAAUUGAUCAUGGAAGUCGUUGAGAAAGAGGUGGGCGCUAUCCCACUUAGGGAGAUGCUUCACUCAUUGAAAACGUUUGACCAAAGAGAAGUGUGUUACAGUAAUAAAUAUGAAGCUGUCUGGAGGUGUAAUGUACGGUCAUAUGUAAUCAAGGACUGUAGAUGUGGUGAACACCUUGUUUUGCUUUUCGAUUUGUCUUCCAUUUAAAAGCUUUUUAUUUCAUUUCUCCCGUGGCUUCAGUUCUCAAAAUGUAAGUCCCAUUUGGUUGGAGGAUUUCUAUACUCGCUAAGAAGCAAUAGCAAGUAGCCCACAGAGACCAGGACAUUCAUUUUGUUUACAUGUUUAAAUAUACCUACACAGAGUAAACUAACAGGGGUACAGUCAAUAAUGUAUAUAAACACUAGAUUACCCACAGGGGGUGUUGUUUUGAAGCCACUGCGCCACCAUCUUUGUUCUCCUCCACCAUUGUUUUGGAAAAUAUAGAAAUGCAUUUAUCAAUGUCUAUAUUGCAGACACCUUAUCACAUACUUUUUACAUUAUAUUAUGUGAACUGAACUAACCCGUAAAGUAUACUUUUUUGAGAGUACUGCUACUGUUCCCGCUACAACAAAGAAAUACUUAGAUCCAUGUAAUUGUAUUAGUUUAAUAUUCCAUUCAUUCAUAUGGACGACUGCGCCUUCUGAGCAGUACACUUUUAGAAGAAAAAACGAUAAAA